AAAGAGAGAAAGAUUCCAACUCUUUUUUUAUGGUUCAUUUUCAUGAAGACUUGAAAGCACUCUGCCAAUCCUAAGACUUAAGCACUUAUGGAUACAGAAUUUGUCAACCUUGGGAAAUCCAUGAUAGUUCCCAGUGUUCAAGAGUUGGCCAAGUACCCCCUCACCAAAAUCCCACCUAGGUACCUGCGCCCGCAUGAAGAGCUUCACUCCAUCUCCCCCAGUCCUCACAUUCCAUCUGUCCCCAUCAUCGAUCUUCACAAACUAGCUGCUGGGGAUUUCGUUGACUCUGAACUUCAAACCCUACACUCUGCUUGCAGCCACUGGGGUUUCUUCCAGGUAGUGAAUCAUGGUGUUAGUAUAUCAUUGUUGGAUGAAUUCAAGUUGGAGAUUGUGAAUUUCUUCAAACUACCACAUGAAGACAAGAAGCUUUUGUGGCAAAAACCAGAUAACCAUGAAGGGUUUGGUCAAGCUUUUGUAGUUUCACAAGAUCAGAAGCUAGAUUGGUCUGAUAUGUUCUAUAUAACCACACUGCCAUACAAUCUUAGGAACAUUGACGUAUUUGAAAAACUUCCCUUUAAGUUAAGAGAGACCCUGGAAGUGUAUUGUGUUCAAGUGAAAAAUCUAGCUAUGAGGAUAUUAGGUUACAUGGCUAAGGCCUUAAAUAUGGAUGCUGAUGAAAUAAAACAGCUGUUCAAUGAUGGGGUGCAAGCAAUGAGAAUGAAUUACUAUCCACCAUGCCCUGAACCUGAUAUGGUCAUUGGUUUCAGUCCCCAUUCCGAUGCUGAUGCUUUGACGAUUCUCCUUCAGCUCGACGAAACCGAUGGCCUGCAAGUUCGAAAAGAUGGGAAAUGGGUUCCCAUUAAGCCACUUCCCAAUGCUUUUGUGGUUAACAUUGGAGACAUCAUGGAGAUUUUGAGCAAUGGGAUAUACCGUAGCAUCGAGCAUAGAGCGGUUGUAAACUCAACCAAACAGAGGCUAUCAAUCGCAACGUUUUAUAGCUCCAAGUUAGACUCGGAAUUAGGCCCUGCACUUAGCCUUAUCGGUCCAAAUAACCCUGCAAUUUUUCAACGAAUCCCUUUGGAGAAGUACUUGAAGGAAUUCUUUGCAAGGAAACUAGAUGGCAAGGCUUACCUUGAUUUCAUGAGAAUUAAAAGCAAUGAAGAACAUGAAAAUUGAAAAACAUUAGCUGAAGAAUGGAUUGAUAUGACUAUACUUAGAAUAAAAACACCUAUAACCAGGGUGGUUAAUUGAUCAAAUUUACGUUGAAUGCUUAACAUGAUUAUCAAAAUCCGCGUUUUUCGAGUUCA